AUGGAGGCAUUUAUUGGACUUGUUCAUGUUAAAGAUACUAGUGCGUUAUCUCUAAAGAAAGCAAUUGUGGAUGUACUCGCUCACCAUUCUUUAACUUUAUCUUAUGUACGGGGGCAAUGUUAUGAUGGGGCAAGCAAUAUGCAAGGUGAGCUUGGUGGUCUUAAAACGUUGAUCAAACAAGAAAGUAGAUCGGCUCAUUCCGUUCAUUGUUUUGCUCAUCAACUUCAACUAACUCUUGUUGCAGUUUCUAAAAAGUGUGUUCAAGUGGGAGAACUAGUACUCUUGGUUUCAAAUGUUUUGAAUGUGUUGGGAGCUUCUUUUAAACGUGUGGAUGGAUUUCGAGAAUCUCAAAAACAAAAACUCCGGGAAGCAUUAGAUAUGGGUGAGCUAGAAACAGGUAGAGGCCUGAAACAAGAACUUGGCCUUAUUAAAGCCGGUGAUACUCGUUGGGGAUCUCACUACAAGUCGUUUGGAAAAUUUAUUAAUAACUUUGCCUCUAUUGUUAAUGUACUUGAUGCUCUUGUUGUAAAUGCAAGUACUCCAGAUGAAAGAGCUAGUGCAUCGGGAUUUCUUAGAAGUUGUCAAACAUUUGAGACUGUUUUCUUGUUGCAUUUGAUGACUGAUGUUUUAGGAAUCACAUAUGAUCUUAAUGUGUCAUUACAAAAAAAGUAA